AUGGCUUCGACAUCGAAAACCCUUGGUAAAAGAGCUUCGAGUGCUUUUGGGCGAUCACAUGGAUACAAUAAUUCGAAAGAGAUAAAUUGGCCCACUUCGAGCUCAUCUUCUUCAAGACAAAGAACUUCAAGUGCUCAAAAUUCUAAGAGACCUAGUUCUAGAAAUUCUAAUACUACUGAAAUCAGUCAAGGAAUAUUGGAAAGAGAGCAGGAGUUAAUGCAAAGAAAUGCUGAGUUGGAACAACGCGCAGCAGUCUUGGAGGCAGAAGCAGCUGAGAUAUUGAAUCGCCAAGACGAAAUCUUACUAGAUGAAAAUAGAGACAUAGAAUUCGAGGACGAAGAUACAAAUUUCGAAGAAUUUAUCGAAGCCGCUUUUGAGAAGAAUAAAAAAGUUCCUCAGAAAUCGAAGAAAAAGAGUUCAAUACCAAAGUCAAAUAAUCGGAAAUUGACACCAACUAAUAAUUCAUCAAGGUCUUUACCUGCGAAGAAAAAUAAAUUGCCACCUAAAGAAAAGGAGGCUUUGGAAAUUGAUAAUCUGGAUAGUGAUGCAGACGAGAUUACCUUAGCUCAAAGGAUUUUAGAACUUGAAGAAGAGAUAGAUAAAGGCAAAAAGAAAAUCGAUUAUAAACAAGAUGAUAUUCUGCCAGCGGAAGCGAGUGAAAUGGGGACAGAAGCAACUAUUCGCUUUUUGAAGGCUAAAAUUCGUGUUAUGCAAGAAGAAUUAGAGCGAUUAAUGAUGGAUUGUAAUUUGAAGGACGAGAAAGUUACACGCGCUGAAUCUAAGGCAAAGACAGCCACUGAAGAGCAAACUAAGCUACAAAGAUUAAAUCAAAACUUACAGAGUCAGCUGGAUAAGUAUAAGAAAGUAGUGGAUGAAAAUAAGAAAAAAGGCGAGACAUUAGAAGCGCAACUUACUACCUUAAGAAAGGAAUUAGAUUCUAGUCAACGCUCUCAAAAGCAAACUGCUGUUAAUCAUAAUGCCGUAGAAGUCAGAUUAAACAGAGCAUUAGAAGAAAAUGAAAAGUUAAAGUUAUCAAUGCAAAAAGCAAAAGUUGAAUCUAAAGAUAGUAAAGUUCACGAGCGCAAAAGAAUAGAACAACUACAUGCCGAUAAUAAAAGAUUAGAAAAGCAAAAGAAUGAACUUAUGAAUGGCUUUAAAAAGCAACUCAAAUUAAUUGAUAUAUUAAAAAAGCAAAAGAUGCACAUUGAAGCUGCCAAACUACUUAGUUUUACCGAAGAGGAAUUUGUACGAGCUUUAGAUUGGGGUUCCUAA